AUGUCUCGUGGACAAAAUAAAACAUUGUCGAUAAGCGCAAAGUUAUUUGCCGAAAAUCGUUUACGUCUCGUAGAAGCAGUAAAGUCAAAAGUUAGCUGCCAAGGAAGUGUCAUUUUUCUGGAUGGCGGAAAAGAAAGUUUUCGCUAUAAUACGGAUUCUAAUAAUCAAUCAUUUCGACAGGAAUCAUAUUUUUUCUGGACUUUUGGAGUCCAUGAAAGCGAUUUCAGUGGUGCAGUUGUGGUGGAUAGUGGAAAAUCAAUCCUUUUUCCUCCUCGCCUUCAUCCCGAUUAUGCUAUUUGGCAUGGCAAGAUAAAUUCCGAAAAUUGGUUUCAAAAAAGAUAUGAAGUCGAUGAAGUUUAUUUUGCAGACGAUGGCAUAAUUGCAGAUGUUUUAAAAAAAUUCAAUGCGAAAAAAUUGUUACUGCUAAAAGCAGAAAAUAGUGAUAGUGGUAAAGCUUUAUCGCCUGCUUAUUUCGGUGGAAUUAACGAACACGAAGAUAUUUUUAUGUUUGCUGUCGAUGUUGAUUUGCUCUAUCCUAUUAUCACUGAAUUGCGGGUGUUCAAAACAGAUCACGAACUUGAAGUGAUGCGAUAUGUUGGCAAAGUUUCAUCUGAAGGUCACAAAUUUGCAAUGUUAAAUGUAAAGCCGAAUAUGUACGAAUAUCAGCUAGAAAGUUUGUUUCAACAUUCUUGCUAUUUUCAUGGUGGUUGCCGUCAUUUAGCAUAUUUAAGCAUAGUUGCAUCUGGUGCGAAUUCAUCAGUCCUUCAUUAUGGUCAUGCCAAUGCUCCAAAUGAUAAACAAAUUGAAGAUGGUGAUCUGUGUUUGCUGGAUAUGGGAGCGGAAUAUAAUUGUUACGCUUCUGAUAUAACAACAACUUUCCCUGCCAAUGGCAAAUUUACUGAGAAUCAAAAAAUUAUUUAUAACGCCGUUUUACAUGCAAGCAGUGAAGUGAUCAAAGCAGCCAAACCUGGUAUAAGAUGGACUGAUUUGCACAUAUUGGCGGAACGAAUCAUUUUAACACAUUUGAAGAGAGCUGGGAUUUUGAAAGAUGAUGUUGAAGAAAUGGUUAAAGCCCGUCUUGGAGCUAUUUUUAUGCCUCAUGGAUUGGGUCAUUUUAUAGGACUUGACGUGCACGAUUGUGGAGGAUAUCUUGGUGAUGCCACUCCUCAAUCACCACUUCCCGGAUUAAAAUGUUUAAGAACAACUCGUACAUUGCAAGAAAGGAUGGUUAUCACUGUUGAACCAGGAUGCUACUUUAUUGAUACGCUAUUGAAUGCAGCGUUAGCUGAUCCAUAUUUGAAAAAAUUCAUUGUGGUCAAUCGUUUGAACGAUUUUCGAAAUUUUGGAGGGGUUCGAAUCGAAGAUAAUGUGGUGAUAUGGAAUAAAGGUAACGAAGUUUUAACAUAUGUACCACGAACUCCGGAUGACAUUGAGAAAUUCAUGACAAACGGUUGCAAUAAAUAUCAUUUUUCGGAAUGA